UUCCAGUUUUGCUUCUCUGAUCAAUUGAUUCACACACCUGUGAUUUUCAAUAUGGAGAAACUUAAAGUGAAAGUAAAGCAGUGUCGUAAACCGCUAGACUGUAUCAGAGAAAAACAUGUUGCGAAUUUUAAUGAUUUUAUCGUUUGUCUGCUCAUUGGACUUACUGAAUGCUCGUCCUGCGGAGGAACCGAUAAAAUUCACCCUCGGCAACAUACAAAAUAAUGCAGAAAACUCCACACCUUCGAAGCUGGAAGACACAAAGCAAAUAAACAACAACUUUCAAAAUAGUCUCGACCCAUUAAUUACUGAGUCUGACAAGCCUCAAAGUCGCAGAUCUUUACCGUCUGUACAAAGUACUACGCCAAUAAAUCUGUUCCGUGUGACAUCGCGAGAAACAGUUCGUUUAGAAAACGAGACCGCCCAAGCAAUUUUAGAAAAACGAAAACCUGACACUAUCAUACAAGUUUUAAAUGGGUUCUUGACACCAAAACCACUCGUUGAUCGAAUUAGGGACGAAGAAAAAUAUGGUAAUAUGGGAGAUAAAUUUAUUGGAAUAGGAAGAGGGUUCAUUAAUGGUUUCGAGAAUCUCAGCAAUUUUCUGAACUUCUUAACGGAAUUCCCUGUUGGUAUCACCAAACAAGUUUCUCGAGGAGUAACGCAAACAUUGAAUGAAUUAGGAUCACGGCUCAUUGGACUCCAAUAAUAAAUAUAAACAAAUAUAAAAUACGCAAUUAAAA